AUGGACGGAUUUAAGAAAAAUACGCGCAGUUAUCGUUUGAUUGCUUCAUUAAAUAAGAAUGAUGCUAUGCUAAACAAUUCUUUGCAGAUAACCAAAGAAAAUCAAGCUACUUACUAUAAUAUUUUACCUGAAGUUGAACCAAAGGAAGAUAAUAGACAAACCGUAUUACUAGAUAUAUCAAACUCAAUAAAUUUAAGUAAUAUGAUAACAGAAAAUGAAGAAAAUAUAAGCAUUUGUGCCGAAGUAGAUGACGCUUACCGAAAUUUAAUACAAAUAGAGGAUAAUGAGUUAGACUCCAGGUAUUUAGAUUCUUUAGAGUUUAAUGCCACAAUCAAUGAAAUACAGGAACAUAAUAGUACAUUAAAUAAAAAUCAGGAACACGAACCUCAAGAUGAAAAUACUAGCAAUUUUGAAUGUGAUGUCCAAAACAAAGUGCAUGUUACAAAAAAUGAUUUUUCUGAAUACUCAGUCAACGUGUCUAACCUUAAUAGUAGCCCUAGUUUACUAUUCACUAAUAGUGCUGUACCUCAAGUUAAUGUUUAUACUUUUGAAAGUCCACCCCAAACUACCUCAGGAAUAUGUAAUCCUGAUGAAGGUGUCCUACAUAAUUCAACGAUAUCUGAACCAAAAAUAGAUGAAAAUAGAACUGGAAGACCAAAGAAGGGUAGGAAAAGAAAAUACCCACAUCAGACACGUGAUAUUCGCAAAAACUUAUGUGAAACUAACAAACAAUAUAUAAAUCAAAAAGGAAAAUUAGUUAACAGCCGAGAGUUUAUUGAUUUUAGAUGUAACGAUAGUUGUCACGAAAAGAUAUCGAUGGCAGAGCGUGAAGAAGAAUUUUUAAAAUUUUGGGAGUUAAGUUUUGAAGGCAAGUGCUUGUAUAUAUCUUCUAACGUUAAAGUGAUAGGAAUAAAAAGGAAAAGAAAUAAGGUCUCAAAUAAAAGAAAGAAUACACGUAUUUAUUCUUUAAAAAAUAAGGUAGUCUGUGCUAAAAUGUUUAUUAAUACCUUAAAUAUCUCUUCCGCAAGGAUUGACAGAUACUUAAAAAAGAGUUCAGGUUCUAAUAAAAUUGAAGAUAAAAGAGGAAAAGUGACAGAAAAUACCCUAAAGAUAACGCAAGAUGUGGAAACAGCUAUCAUCGAACAUAUCGACAAGUUUCCUAAAUACAAAUCCCAUUAUUGUAGAGCGCAGACAGAGAGGAUGUACGAGUAUUUACCACCAGAUAUGACCUUAUCAAAAAUGUAUGACUUAUAUGUAUCGGAAGUUAGCUUAAUUAAAAGAGUUUCAUUUUCAACAUACAAAAAAAUAUUUUACACUAAAUUUAACCUACAAAGAAAGAAACCACAGAAAGAUACUUGUAACAAGUGUGACCUGCUAGCAAUAAAAAUAAGAGACACCACAUCACAAGAAAUUAAAUUUAAUUUAGAAAAGGAAAGAGAGCAGCACCACAAGGAAGCAGAAAAUGCACGAGCAUUGAAAAAACAGGACAUGACUUUGGCUAAGACUUGUGACCACAUUGAAGCCCUUACUUUUGAUAUGGAGAAAACCUUACCGUUACCGAGGAUUCCUACUAAUAUCGUUUUUUACAAACGCCAACUAUGGCUCUACAACUGCGGUAUACAUUCAGGAAAAACUAGCAAAGGGUUUUGUUAUGUGUGGGUGGACGGUACAGCGGGCAGAGGAGCCCAGGAAGUCGGGUCCGCUUUGCGCAAACAUUUGUCUUUAAAUCUAGAUUCAAAAGUAAAAGAGCUAGUCCUUUGGUCAGAUUCAUGUGAAAGCCAGAAUCGCAACAUAAAGUUGACUUUAUUAUUAUUUGCAAUGCUCGAAGAAAAUGAAAAUUUAGAGAAAAUCACUUUACGAUUUAUGGUUCCUGGCCACAGCUUCUUAGAAAAUGAUAGUGAUUUUAGUGAUAUAGAAUCAGCUUUAAAAACCCACACAAGAUUAUAUACGCCACAAGAUUACAUGGAUGUGAUGAUUAGUUGUCGCAAGAGAAACAAGUUAACUGCUAUUAAAAUGGAAAAAAACGACUUUGUAGGAGUUUCCAAAAUAAUGAAGAAAAUAGUAAACAGAAAAAAAUAUAUAGAAGGACAUGCUGUGAGUUGGUUAAAAACUAAAGAAAUAAACAUUUAUAAGGAUAAACCUGGUCAGAUAUUUCUUUCAACCACUCAUGGUGGUUUUCCUCAAGAAGUAGAUCUUAAUAAAAGACCAAAAAGAGGCACGCAAAACAUUCCAUUACAUUUUUCGGGACUUUAUGAGCAACUUUGGCCAAAAGGAAAACUAAUUUCACAGCCCAAGUUGGAUGAUAUAAAAUCUCUACUUCACCUUAUUCCAUCUGAUGCCAGACAAUAUUAUGAAAAUUUAACAGGAUCUCGUGACUUAGAAGAAGAUGUUGAAGGUUUUAAUGGAUCUAUUGAUUUUGAUAUAGAAGAAGAAGAUUAG